ANCAAAAAAAAAAAAAAAAAACAGAAAAAGAAAUGGGUAUUUGCAUUUCCUCCGAUUCCCCCAAUGUUUCUACGGCCAAACUCAUUCUUUCCGACGGAACAUUGCUGGAAUAUUCCUAUCCGGUCAAGGUUUCGUAUGUACUACAUAAAGAUCCGGCGAGUUUCAUUUGCAACUCCGACGAUAUGGAUUUCAACGAUGUUGUAACCGCCGUGGACGACGACGACGAGCUUCAACUCGGGCAGCUUUACUUUGCGCUGCCGUUGGAGAAGCUGAACAAGCCGCUUCACGCGGAGGAUAUGGCUGCAUUGGCUGUUAAGGCUAGCUCGGCGCUGAUGAAGGCUGGCGGUGGUGGGAGUGAGAAAUGUGGGUCACGGCGGCCGGUGGUGUUUUGUGAGGAGGAGCUUAGGAAGGGUCCGAGAAAGGGUGUGAAGAAGGGGACAAGGAGUGGUGGAAGUAGGAAAUUCACGGCGAAAUUGUGUGCAAUCCCUGAAUGAUGGAUGGAUGGAUGGAUGUGUGUAGGGCUAAAAUUGUAAUUAUGAGCUGUUUAGUUUGGUUUUUUGGGGGUUUUGGAAAUUGAGAUGGUGAGGUUGCUUUAUGUGGAUGUUUUGUUUCUUCCGCAUCCCAUGGUAUUGCCUCAAGAUUCUUUCUUCUCCACUUUUACAUAUUUACCCCUCAUUACUAAAAAAAAAAUUAAUAUUUUCAUGUUCCAAAUUAUUAAUGGGUAUGUAUUAUAUUUUCAUUUC